CACCAAGACGCCAGUGUGCCGGGAACUGAGGCCGCGAGUGGAGGUGCAGGCGAGCAGGUCUGUGGCGGGACUGAGAGUGGUGGAAGUGCCGGGCGAGGGAGGGAGAGUGGGUCAGUCAGUACUUGAGGUAUCUCUCGCUCACGACUUUUGACGCCCCUUCUCUGUCUCCCACUUCUCCCUCACGCCGCUCCCGACGCACUCCCCUCUCCGCCAUGGUCCUGUCGCCUGAGAAGACCACAGAGAAGACCAGCCUCCUCGCAGGGCUGUGGGGGAAGGGAAAGAACUCAGACUCCGCUCCGGUAAAUCCCCCGCCGCAUUAUGGAGGAACGGCUCCAGACAGCGUGGAGUCAGAACUGGUGUGCAGCGGAGAGCAUGGACGGGCACAGAAAGGUCUCGGCAUCAUGCUCACCUCCUUCUUCCUGGUGGCUCAGGUGGCCGGCGUGGGCGUGCUGGCUCUCCCGUGGGCCAUCGCGCAGACAGGUUGGGGUGGGCUGGCGCUGCUGAUUGGCCUCGGGGUGUGCGUGGGCGUGUGCGGGGUUCACCUGGGCACGUGCUGGGUCAUCCUGGAGGAGCGGUGGCCAGAGUACCAAAGGGCGUGUAGGAAGCCUUAUCCCGCCAUGGCCCUGCGCACUCUUGGGAAAGCUGGCUGGUACAUCGUCAACGUGGUGCAGUGUGUGACUCUCUUCGGCGUGUCCAUCGUGACCAUUCUCCUGUCAGCUGAGAUCGUGGAGUCUGUGUUGAAUCCUCUGCUGCCCAACGUGACGGUCUGCACGUGGCUAGUGGUGUGCGGUGCGGUGCUGGUGCCUCUCUCCUGGCUGGGCACGCCGAAGGAGUUUUGGCAUGUGUCCGUGUUGGCGCUGGUGGCGGCGGUGGCGGCUGUGGUAGUAGUAGUCAUCAAGAUCCUGCUGGAGCCGUUGGGGGAAGGAACGCUGCACUCCGCGCCCACCACACAGUCCUUCUUCCUGGGCUUCGGCGCCAUCAUGUUCUCCUUUGGCGGCGCCGUUGUCUUCCCCACCAUCCAGAACGAUAUGUCUGACCGCACCAAGUUCCCGCACGCCAUCGUUGUGUCCUUCUGUGCUCUCCUUGUGCUGUACCUGCCCGUCGCUGCUCUUGGAUACAUGCAGUUCGGCACGGAUGUAGACACGAAUAUCCUCCUAAUGGUGCACGGGCCGACUGUCACUGUGGUGGAGGUGCUCAUGCUGCUCAAUAACCUCUUCACCUACGUGCUCAUCAUGAACCCUCUCUCCCAGUCCCUAGAGGAGGCCGUCAACCUUCCUACCAGGUUCGGGUGGCGGCGGUGCUUGCUGAGAACCAGCCUGGUGGUGGUCGGCGUGCUGGUUGGAUUGGCGGUGAAAAACUUUGGCCGCAUUCUGAACCUGAUUGGAAGCUUCUCCGUGCCGUUCCUCACCUUCGUCCUGCCUCCCAUUUUCUACAUUCGCCUCUGUGACUCCAAGGAAAACGGCAACUGGCCCAAAAGGAAUCUGACGCCCCUGCACCGAGCCAUGCUGUGUCUACUUGUAGUCGUGGGAUCAAGCUGCAGCCUGGUGGCCACCUGGACCUCCCUGGAAGCUCUUCUCGCGCCCUCCGACUCUGCGCUGAACUGCUUCGAAGUAUAAGCGUUAUCGCCUUAUCUUUCCUCUGCUGCUGUUGUUGUUGUUGCUUCCUGGGAUGCGUAACGGAAUACUUCCUGCCCCUGCUGUUGUUGCUGCUGCCGAUUUGAUUCCAAUGGGGUGUGUGUGAAACUGACUAGCCUCUACUGAGUGUGGCUGAAGAAGCAGGCGUCAACGAAAGCUGGUAGCUGUCGCAUUGGCAAGAGCCGUGAACGAGUUCACUGUGUAGCUCUAAUGGGGAUCAUAGGAGAGUUAUACCGUCGUUUGUAUCCUGCACCAUACUGUAAGUCAGUGAAACAUUAAUCAUUGCAUUUAUAAUCACCAUCUGACGCUCCGGUGGGACUCGAGCCAGGCGAGGUGGGCGCCAGAGGGUUGUUGGUCUGGACAGCGACCCUCGGUAGCGCCAGGCAAGGGCUGAGCAGGAUUUGAAGUCUGGAGCUGUUAACUUUUUAUUUCAUUUUCAUUGUUGUUACUGUUAAGUUUAGUUCCUGCAGUCUAUGAAGGGGGCUGCCUUGAGCAGGCUGUGACACGUGUUGGAAUAGUGCCUGGCGUGAUAGCAGGCGAACACGGUGUCACCAUUACAAUACACUUAUGUACACUGCAGGCAAUUCAUUAUCACCACCAUUAUGUUACGUUACAUCAUGUAUGACUCAAGGUACAUCACCACCUGUUUGUAGCAUGACGUCACAAGGAAAAUGUCUUCAUUUUAUGUUCAAUAUUCACACAAGUAUUUUAUAUAAGCUUGUAUGUCAUUCCGAUGCAAGACAGUCAUGUUACGCCGCCGCCGUGCGUUCUUUGAAACAAUAAAGAAUCAUUAUGUGAA